AGUGCUCACUGCGCAGGCCUCAGGAGUUCGAGUGCUCCAAGAGCUGCGACUGGCAGAGGUUCAGAUAAACAUUCGUCGGCUCCCGAGCUGGACGGUUGGGCGGCACGCGAUCCAAUUCAGAAACGGGAAACAGAACCAAUUUGCCAUCCAUCUAUUCAUUCAUAAAGCGUGUUCUUUUACGCGAAUCACACUACGCGGCACGCUGUUGUCCUAGAGGACAACGACACUCUGCAGUCUCGUGCUUUUGCUAUUUUUUUCCGUGUCCUGGUGUCCAUGUGCUCGUGCGACUGUGACUUGUGUGACUUCCCAGCUAUUGCCAGCAACGUACUCAGAGGAAGUGCUCGCACCACAAAGCAAAGCGAUAAAGGAACACAUCAUAAUUGCAAAGGACAACCAAUUUCGUUGAUGUCCUUUCAGCUGGAGGAGCAGGCUUGGCUAAUGCAUUUCAUCCGACCCGACUCUAGGCGGUCUGAGGGCUAAGUUAUAGCAUUAAAGCAGCAGAAAUCGUUCAGAAAGCACGCCAGUGGGAGUGGACGUGGCAGUGACAGUGGCAGUGGCAGUGGCAACCGCAACUGACUUCCGGAAGCUGCACAGAAAACAACCAAUAAACUGCAGAGCGUAUCGCAUCAUCGCACCAUUGCACCAGCGUACCAUCCCACCAUCGAGGCAGCCAAUUAACCCACCUACGGAGCCCACGACAUCCAUUAAAGUGGCGGAAAUGACAAAGUCAAAAUGUAUCGCUGCAAAAAUUGGUUUUGUGCGCGCAGCAACAACAACAACUACGUGGAUGUUGCACUAAGCGAGCCGGGAACAUUACCAGCACCCUCAUCAGCCACGAGCACGGGCACAACUACGGCCAAUAGCUUUGGCAUCGGCAACGCACGCAACAAUAACAACAGCAGCAGUGGCAGCGGCAGUGGCAGUGGCAGGAUCAAAAGCAAUCAACAGACAAACGCCACCGCAGCACCAAACAGGGCCACACCCACCGCCGAUGAGGCAUCUUCACCACAGGCCGGAGCCGGAGCUGGAGCUGCAGCCGGACCCGGAGCUGCUCAUGUGGUCACCUUUCUGGAUGAUACGGCAAGCGGCAGUAACGGAACCGUAACCAGCAGCCGUAUAGUGACCACGGCCGAACUACACCAGGCCCACAUGCUGGAGCAUCACUCCAACUUGGAUGCCAUUGAGCAGGCGGAUGAUUUCAUCUACGGUCCCGGUGCGGGCCUAUCUCUGUGCGAUGAUAGCCUACCCUCAGCCAAGAACUGCUACCGACUGGUCAUGCUUGGCUCAUCACGCGCCGGCAAGUCAUCGAUUGUGGCACGUUUCCUGGGCAAUCGGUUCGAGGAGGCAUACACGCCGACCAUCGAGGAGUUCCAUCGCAAAUUGUAUCGCAUACGAAACGAGGUCUUUCAAUUGGACAUUUUGGAUACUUCUGGCUAUCAUCCGUUUCCCGCAAUGCGUCGUUUGUCAUUUCUAACUGGAGAUCUCUUCAUACUUGUCUUCAGCAUGGAUAGCCGCGAGUCCUUCGAGGAGGUUGUGCGACUUCGCGAGAACAUUCUAGAGACCAAAUGGGCGGCCCUCAACCCCGGGUCGGGCUUCAAGAAGAAGAGUCUACCGAAGAUACCCAUGAUACUGGCGGGCAACAAGUGUGAUCGUGAUUUCAAAACCGUGCAGCUGGACGAGGUGAUGGGCUACAUCGCAGGCCAGGACAACUGCUGCACCUUCGUGGAGUGCUCGGCGCGCCAGAACUAUCGCAUCGACGACCUUUUCUAUGCGUUGUUCAUGGUUUCGAACCUGCCGCUGGAGAUGACCCCGAACCACCAUCGACGCCUGGUGUCCGUCUUCGGAGCACCCUCGCCGCUGCCGCCGCACGGAUCGGCUGUGGGCGGGACCAAGAAGAAUGCCCUCUCGAUCAAGCGGCGCUUCAGUGACGCCUGCGGCGUGGUCACGCCCAACGCCCGCCGGCCCAGCAUCCGCACGGACCUGAAUUUGAUGCGGUCCAAGACGAUGGCCCUCAACGAGGGCGAGACCGUGCGCACCACCUCCCGCUGGAACCGCUGCGCUCUGAUGUAGACACCAGAGCGGUGUGAUAGUAGUAUGAGCGGGAUCCAAGCGGGAUCCGGACGGACUCGCGAUUCGCGAUUCGCGGCCAUGCAUGGAGCCGUAUUUAAUUAUAAACGCAGCGUUUGGGUGAUUUCGAUAUUUUUUUUAUAGUGUAAAUACUAGUAGAGGGCCAGAAAUGUGUGUUUGAUCUAUUAAUUAAUAAUGCAUUUAGCAUUUUCUCGCAAUCGUUAUCGUACUAUGAACAAAGCAAAACAAGCAGAGCGUAUUACAUAACAGCUACUGGUAUGCUAUGCAUAAUUUAUCACCGACUCGCGGUCUGCAUUGCAUUCCAUUCCAAGCCAUCCAUCCACUCACCUUUGUCCGAGCAUCCCCAUCCCGUGCCCAUGUCCCCCCGAAUGUUCGUAUGCUCUUGAAGCUCCGUUUUCCAUUUUCAAUUCUCAUUUUGAUUUUCACAAUAGAUUUUCCACUUUCGAUUUGAAUUGUAGUGUAAUGGUAAUGGUGGUGGUUCUGAUUUGAUUGCACAUUUACUUGACGCACACAAAAACCAAAAAACCAAAAAACCAAAAAGCAGAGGACAAUAAUGUUAAAACGUACUUGGAAUUGUGGGAUUCGAAUUGUGGGUGUUAUCCAAUUUAAUUUUAGAUUUAACCAAUUGAAUUUACAUGAAUUGAUAUCGAAUAAUUAUAAUUAUUUAAUUGUUAUUGUUAAUUGUUGUUGAAGAUGCAAUUUUUUGGAUAUCUGAACAUUUGAAAAUUGUUCUAUUCUGUUCUGUCAUACUACACUCCUAUGUACACUCUACACUCCUAUAUACACUAUAUACAAUACUCUACCGACGAUUGCAUAUCAUCCAAACCGUAAGCUGUAACCGAAGCACACCGAAUCUUGACCAACUAGCAGAAUCUCUACUGUAACACUUGUACACCGAUCAAAGCAAAUCUAGCCUAAACUAUAGUUAACUAUAUUGCGGAAUGCAAAUACUCGUACUUAUAAAAAUCAAAACACAUACUAUAUGUAAACACUUUUAGCGUUAAACCGAAUUUAUCAGAUCUGUUCUCGAUUGGGCGAAUCCCGCGAUGUUCUUGCGGUGGAUGGAAGGAUGGAUGGACGGACGGACGGACGUCCGAUCGGGAACAGCUCCGGGAGGGAGUUUAGCAAAUUCGAGUUUCAAUGUACCAGUAACCUAAGCAACAGCAACAAUUUUCGCGAGUUUAACAUUUAACAUUUAUCAAAGUAUUAUCGAUAAUGGAAUUACAAAACAUAUGCGUUUCAUUCCCGGCAUGAAACCAAGACCAAACUUUAAAUGUAGCUAUACAAGAGGAACAUAACUAACAAUGGCAUAAAUAUAUGUAAAUGCCAACCAAAAACAUGAAUUAACAUACGAGUUACUGAAACUUCAAGCAUAUUUUAGGCGAAUAACCUUAACAGGAAAAAUACUCGUAUAUAUAUACAUAUUAUAUUAUUACAAAGUGCAAAUAUUUACAAUUUUCGCGUUGGGCCAAAGUGCAAGAAUAUUAAUUAAAUUAUUAUCCCGGAUAGGGUCAGGACAUAUUCUGGCGAUUGUUCUCUAAAGUUACAAUGAUUUACGAUUAACCAUGAAGCUAACUUUUUAAUGCUUUGGAGUUGCAUUAUUUAUUUACAUAUUAUGUAUAUUAUAUUGCAAUGAUUGAAUUACGAUUAAAUACAAUUUAAAAUAUUAAA